AUGGACCGAACCUCGGAGCGUUACGGGGUGCCAUCUUUGUGGGCACCCCCCACAUCACCGAUGGGAAUGCGCUCGCCGCCCCCCCCCGCCCGCCGCGGAAGAAUCGAGUCCGCCCUCCUCGCGCCCGGCGUGAGCCGCGCGGUCGAGUAUCGCCGCGACGCCGAGCAUCACGGCGUCUCCCCGUUCGAAGACCUCGCGCGCCUCGCGCGACGCCUCGACGCUCUCCGGGACGACGACGACGACGACGACGCGGAAGAUUCGUCGGACGUCGACGCGAGGCUGGCGGCGGCGUGGACCGCGGCUAGGCGCGCGGCGGAGGGACGAGCGGAGCUGCGACCGGCGCUGACGUUACUCGCGCAGUGCAUGGAGCGCCGCGCGAACGUCGCGGCGGCUCGUCGCGAGGAGCGCGAGACGUGCGCGCGCGAGUUGCUCGCGACGGUGAACGAGAUGAGGGAUCGGGUCGAGUCCGCGCUGGACGAGGAGGGGCUGCUGGAGCCCGCGCGGCGCGCGUGGAGCGCCGCGCGGUCGUCGCCGGACGCGUCCCCCCAGCCAACCGCCGCCCACGUCGUCGCGAGCCCGCCCGAGGAGUUCGAAGAGGACGUCGCGGCGAUCGACGCCGACAGGAGGCGCGUCUCGGCUCUCCCGGCUCCGUUGGGCAUCACGCCGCCGGUGUUGGCGCCCGAGCCGGAGAUGGAAGACAAGCGAGUUGGGCGACGACGACGCGAGGCGGCGGCGCAGGAGACGGACGAGCGGGUACGGAAGCAGCGGAGGGACUUCUCGUUCGACCUCGUCACGCCGACGCUGAGCACGACGCCGGAGGAGGAGGACGAGGACGCGAUCCGACGGGACGAAAACCAAAACCAAAACCAAAACCAAAACCAAAACCAAAACCAAACCGAGGAUGAGGAUGAGGAUGAGGAUGAGGAUGAGGAUGAGGAUGAUGGGGAAGGCGGCGAUGCGGAGGUGGAUGAAAACGCCCGCCGCCUUUCGGCGAAACGCUCGGACCCGAUCCCCCCCGUCGACGACGGCGAGGAGAGCGGGUACUCGGCGGAGGCUGAGCUGACGCCCUCCGUGCGCGAAUCCCUCUCUAUCUUCGGCGGAGGCACGCAAUCGCAGUAG